AUGCACAGAGACGACGUGGACACGGCCCUCCCGGACAGCACAGGCGAGGAAUAUUUUUAUCCGGUGGAUGUAUUCUUCAACGUUGAGAAAACAAUACGAAACCAAAUGCAGCGUUCGAAGAGACCCGGUAACAUGUACAGGAAAACAUUUACGGAAUACAUCCUGCCCAGAGCGCUUCUUCAAAGUCACAGCAAUUCAGCGGUGAUUAGUGUUUCCAGAACGGGCACUUACAUGGUAAUCAGCGAAGAAACCAAUCAUAAAGCAGCAACGUCCCUUAAUAUAGUCCCGACGAAAGUUUUGGGCAUAAUCACAUUCACCGGAUAUGAUGUCAACUUGCAACUGUCUCUCUACAACUCCGACAAUGCGGGUCCCAAGGCUUUGGCGCAAUCCUUGUUCUUCCGGAGUUGGAAGAUCGACAAACGCCCCUUUGCUGUAUUCCUCUCUGUUAUGGACGAAGCACAACCAUGUUCAAAACCCUUUGCGGUUUCUCGAGAUGUAGUGCCGGUCACAGAUACCUUGAUGGAUGAAGAGGAGACCAUAUGGCGUGCAAACCGAUUCUGGGUGAACAAAGCGGUGUGGAAAGAUCUCACCGCGUUUAAUGUAUGCCUUUUCCGCGUACAAGAAGACAGUAUUAAUCUCGGACGGGGCGUGAAAGUCGACCAUGUCAACCACAAAUGCUCUCAUCUCUAUCCCGAAUUUACCGAGAUACCGAGCAGCAUUUCAACCUACAUGCUGAGGUACGAUUGGGACCUCAUGUCAUAUCAUGCAAAGUUAAAGAACGAAAAGAAGGGGCCAAGACCUAGCAUCGAUAUUCAUAAGAAAGGAUCCCAAGAGGAGCAGCAACUAAAGUCGUUCUUGUUUUCCAGGCAGUGUGACUGUGAUACACCAAAGACAUCAUCAGCGGAUAUGUACCCAAUAGUCCUGAGCUUUUGGUGCAUGAGAAACGCCAGCAUGGUGCUUGUUUUUCGUAUGACCGCUGACAACUUAUCUCCCACCUACGUCGGCAAGUUUGAGGUAGACCACCCAGUUGCAUUGGAACUUAUCGUCAAAUACGAUGCCAUAAAAGCCAUAGUCAUAUCUGAGGGCGAGAAAGCAGUAUCCCAAUACGACGUGAAAGUUGAAGAGGCCAACGGACUUCGUUUCACGCUGAAAAAGGAAAAAUCUAGCUGUAAUGAUACCAAAUGCGUCUACUUUGUAUCACCCACAGACUUGAAGGUUAUUCACUUCCAGCAAGCUGCUGAAAAGAAAUACGUAAUUGUAGUAACGGAUGUGGGAAGUGGUUGCAUAGUUGUGUUGAAUUCCGAUCUCUUGGAUAUUCAGCAAAUAUGCAGCAGCCACAGCGAUUAUAAACAUAUGGUAAAGCAACCCACCAAAAUAGCUUGCGCUCCUUUACCCACAGGUAAAACCUACUUAUUUGAGGUCGUUCAAAAUAAAGAUGAGCAGUACCGCAGUUGUUUUAUCACGCAGAAGUAUGAUGGCUCUGUUCUGUGGUUGAAGGUUGGCCUGGAUAAUGAAUAUCAAACUACCGUUUCUACCUUAACGAAAGCCAAUGUGGAGGCCGGAGCAUCAAUAAAGAAAAAGAAAGCCGCAACUGCGUUCCCUCUAUUAAAAUACCCAUCGUAUGUCGAAAUAGUGUCAUAUGCGAUCGCAGAUUUGGUAUACGUCAUUGAACACGAGGCGCACGAGAUACACACUUUCAUUGUUGAUCGUAGGAAUAGUAAUCCUAGAUUGCUUUAUUACGGAAAAAAUGUUCUCAAGGGCAUACCGUAUGGUACCCUUCUCGGCAUUAAAGGCGUACAAAUGUCGUCUAAAAAGGAGAAAGACGGGGUUAAUAAUGACUACCUGAUGCUAGUGCGGAUGCCUGCGACCACCAGUUAUCAUGAAACUCCAAGCACAUUCUUCACAAUGAUGAACGUCAAAGAUACUAUCAAAGUUAGCGAUUUCGAUUACCCAAUACCUAGCUGGGUAUUGGUGGGACGUGACCUCAAUGUUGAUCCCCAAAUCCAGGGCCCCUACUCGCAUUUAAAUUCUCUGACGGUGUUUGACUUCGAAAUUAUAUCCGACGAAUCGAAAAUAGCUACUGAAUAUCCGGAAUGUGUCGAUAAAGGGCCAACCAAGCGCCAACCGGAUUCAACACAUGGCCCGGCUAUGGGGCCGCUAGAUAUCAGCUCCUGGGGUCAGGAAAACCAAAUAUCCAUCGAUAAGCAUGGAAAGCUUUGCAUUAAGCUGAAGAGCAUAAACUAUAUCCGUAUCAUGAUUCGUAUUACGGCAAUUGGACUUAUAGAUUCCAAAUGCAUUCUGAAGGUAUUAUCUCUUGCCUGCCCGGAUGGUCACUAUUUCCAGAACGACGUUGACCCCAAGCGUCGUGCGUGCAAGCUAUGCCCUGAAGGUACCUAUAAUUCGAUCAUGAUGCUGGAGGAAAACAAUAAGACUUGGGAAGCUUGUGCAAAGUGCCCUGAGAACGAGUCUACCACAUCUGCGGGGGCGGUCUCAUCGGGCCAGUGCAUGUGCGCCGCUGGGUAUUACCUCGACGAAACAAAGAAUCCUAGAUGCCAACCAUGCGAGCCAGGUACGUGGAAAGGCGUGGUGGGAAUGCAAGCGUGUUUGGAGGGCGGGUGUUACGCAAACUCCUAUUCGACCGUCAUAGGAAGUACCACUGAAGAAGGCAGGAGGUGCGAAUGCCUCAAAGGCUACUACUACCGUCAGCUUCAUAGCUCACCAAAAGAAUGUGUACCAUGCGAAGAGGGCUUCUACUGCGAGGGGGGCUUCCACGGUAAACAAACUCCCUGCCCUGUAAACAUGACAACCAACGUACCAAACACCCCUCAAGUGUUAGGAGGGAAGCAUGCGCUUGCUGUUAGCAUCGACGAUUGUGUAUGCAAGGCCGGUUACGAACUCGCUGAUCCAAACGCAAUAAACGACGAAAGCACUGAGGCAUACAAGUUAAGGUUGCAGAUCACACAGGAACUCCAUAGAGAAGGCGUCAAACAUUUUGACAUUGCGUCUCUGGUUUGCAUACCAUGCCAACCAAACAAGGUCAAAACAAAAAAGGGUAAUACGCCAUGCGAGCCAUGUCCGGCUAAUACCUUCAGUGACAUCCUCGGAAACAGCAACGUAGAUACGUGUAACCGCUGUGCUCCGGGAUACUAUGAGACCAAUGAACCCUCAUUUCCGUGCAAUGCAUGUGAUGUCAACCACAUUUGUGUAGGAUCAGACCCAUUAGAUCCGGACAUGUCUAAACACAGGGGCAAAAAGAUUAAGUGCCACAAGAACUCUAUCACGAUUCCGCCCUACGAAAAAAACACAUCCAUGAAACAUUGCCUCUGUGAGAAGGGGUACCAGAUUUCCAAGCAGCUUGGUACCAGCUGUGAAGCCGUUCCUAAGAACACCUACAAGGAUGUCAUAGGCAACGUUGAACCGACUGACUGCCCGCCGGGUUCCCACACCUUGAAUACAGGGGCGACGGAUAUAUCCGAGUGCGUAUGCAAAAAAGGAAAGUUUUACGAUAAGGAGACUGGGAAGUGCACAAUAUGUCCGGUGGGUAUGUAUUGCCCUGGUGGAAAGUCUAAGAACAACAGCCACUCUACAGCAAUCAAAUGCCCUGAUAUAAAUACUACCACAAAACAACCUGGGGCAACGAACGUCAACGAAUGUAUGUGUAAUGCGGGUUACUACCUGAGAAACAAUAAUUCCAAAAUAUGCAUUGAGUGCCCAAAGAACACUUAUAAAAGUUUCAUCUCCAACGAGAGCUGUACGGAGUGUGAUGAGCACUCAUCAACCAGCGGUCAGAUUGGGGCCACAUCUAAAGAACAAUGUGUUUGCGCCCCUGGAUAUUAUUUUAGCGGCACAUGUAGAGCAUGCGGCUUUCCUGAUAAAUAUUGCCCCGGAGGUAUCAUCAGUAAGCACGACGAUGAUACGGGAAAAGACAUAUAUGAAACAAGUGCUCCCGUAGACUGCCCACCGCAUACUGAAAUCCCACCAGGUGUUGACACGGCAGAUAGUGUGGACUUUUGCAAGUGUGGCAAAGGGUACGCAUUUGCAAAACAUAGUGACAAUUCACAAACAAAAACUUGCGUCCCUUGCCCACCUGGCUCAUACAAGGGUUCCGUUAUGGAUUCGAGUUGCAACGGGUUGUGUACCCAGAACGCCACCAGCCUACCGGGCGCGUUCAGCCCGAGCCAGUGCUUCUGCCAAAAAGGGUACUACUACCUGGCGGGUGGCAUAUGCGCGCCGUGCGUGGAAGGCGCCAGGUGCGACGGAGGCCUGGUAGACACGGGAGGGCAGGCAUACAAGCGCAGCAUCGUCAGGCACAACGACCACGUGAAGCCCGUGCCCAUCGAGGGUUACUACCUCGACAAGAUCAACCUGGAGCUUCGCAAACCGGACGAUUGGCGGUUCAUCGAGUGCCCUAUCAAGGGUGCGUGCCUGGGUGAGAAGGGCUGCUCGGAGUCGAUGACCGCGUACCUGUGUGCUGAAUGCAGGACGGGGUACACCAACAACUUCAAGAAGGGUGCUCUAUGCAGCAAGUGCCCAUCCACGCUAUCCAAUGUUCUGCUGACCAUCGCGUGGUACCUGACUCUUCUGUUGGUGAACAUCGUGAUGGCAUGCCUGAACGUUAGCGCGGGUUUCAACCGUAGGUCCAUCCACUCCGUCGUCAUCAAGAUUGCUCUGAACUACGGUGUCUGUAUGUCGGUCCUGAAUGUCAUCAACUUCAGCGAUUUGGCGUUGCCCGCGGAAUUGAAGUCAACAACCCUUCAUUGGAUUCGCUUGUUGUACCGUGAAACUCGGACCUAUUAUACGUCUACGGACUGUUUGUUGCAAAAUUGGUUUGGAAUGAAACACUCCAACUCUUUCUUUUACAGCAUGCUUUUCAUUGCAUGUCUACCAGUAAUUUUAUUGGUAGUCGUCACUGUUUUGAUGUGGGUUAUUUUGGAGCUUUUCAAGAUUAAGCGGCACUCAACCAUGCGUUCCAAGUUGGCGCUGCUAUAUCAGUCUCAGGUACAAGGAAUGAACUAUCUGUCGGAGAAGCUGACUGAGGAGUAUGCCAAUGAGCGUCUGUUUCUGAUUUUCCGUUAUAUCCCGCUUCCUGGUGAGACACGGUGGGUACGUUUCAAGCAUUUCCUGGAGGACAUGAUUCCGAUUUACGUCACUGUGCUUUUCUCACUGCACGGUAACACAACCAGUCAAAUGCUUAGUCUACUGGAUUGCACGUGCAUCAACGUUGGGCAGUCUAUCCCUAACAAAUAUGUUCUGCGACCUGCCAUGAGCAUUAAAUGUUCCCUAAAUGUGAAAGAGGGCUACAUUCCGUAUUUGCUUUUGGGUUUGGGUGGUUUGAUAUUUUGGGGGUUCGGUAUUCCCUUGUUUUCGUACAUUGUGUUGUUGAUGAACCGUAGGAACCUUUACGCACCUGAUGUCCGUAUGAAAUAUGGUUUCUUGCACAAUGGAUAUCAGCAGGUUUAUUGGUUCUGGGAAGCUAUUGUGUUCACCCGCAAGAGUUUUGUUUUGGUCAUUGGCAGCAUUGUGAUCGUGCCGUCACAGAACACCAGCGGAUCGCGUAUAUGGAUGGCUCUCGCCGUUGCCGUGUUUUUCCUUAUUAUCCAGCUCAUCUAUACACCGUUUGACGAGCGGGACUAUGUUGUUCUCGGAAGGCUUGAGAGUCACAGCAUGAUUUCCUGGACCAUGACACUCAUCUUCUGCCUCUUUGCUAUCGAAGGAGAGUUCUCGGCUAUCAAUAAUAUGUAUCUCCUGACUAUCAUUUGCAUAAUCAAUUUCUGCUUUAUCGCUGAAGUUGCUCUGGAGCUUGGUUUGGCGUAUUGUGACAACGUGCGAUCCCGUAAUGCAAAAUGCAAUGCCUCAGUUGGAUACAUUAAUCGUUUCUUGGCAUCUAUUUCCGAAAAGCGGAAGCUGCGAGAGCCACUUAUUAUAUUCAACGAGGGGAAGCGCACGAUAGAUAUGGUCUCACCGAAAGUGAUACAAUGGCGAUUUUUCGACGAAUCACAGCGAAGAAUCACGUACUCCGAAAAGGUCUACUUCACGCACAUUGUGAGCCAGGUUAUAAACUUCGCUAACAUUCACAUGAAGUUGGACGUCAUACCGCUGGACUUCCCAGAGUUCAUUUCAAGGCUCGCAUUUGCCGUCAACUUCCACGAACUCAAUCAGAAGAAGGCCGACGACAUUGUCAGGUCACUGGCCGACGGUAACUUGGACGAACUGGUCAACCUUACCAUGCUCAAAACACGAGAAACUCGAGUACAAGACAAUGAACUGCUCAGGUAUCAAUCAUCCAUGACAACGGAUACAUGGGAACACGUGGUUCCUCCUGUUCUGCUCUUCGACCAGGAGGUCAUCGGCAGCGGCAUACCGCUGUCGGACUUCUACAUGGCACUCUCCAUAAUCAAAAUGAAAGACAAAUACACGAUCGUUAACACAUACGAGGCAUUCAAAGUGCUCCGUAAGAAAGCAGACACCUCAAUACUCAUGGAACAACAACGGAAAGUGCAGAGGUUGGAAGAAAUACUGCGACGCAUUCACCAUCCAGAUUACCAAACGAUGGAUGAAAUAUUUUGUUCGCAAGAAGAUAUCGAGGCCGAGAAACGCAAGAUUGCAGACCUGGAGCGCAGGAUACAAAUGCUAAAGGAAAACCCGCUAGAGGCACUGGCGAUGUACGGUGAGGAAACAUUUGAAGAGCGACUACAGCGAUUGGGGUUCUCAGAGAGAAAUGAAAAUGAAAGCGACAUUCGUCAACGUUAG